AUGAGAGAAACAUUGUGGUCCAAUAGAGAAUUGUAUAAUCUUGAUAAUUAUAGUAAUUUUCAAGUUUCGUUAGAUUUCUUUUUGGAAACUGGUGAUUCAGAAAUUAGAAUUGCAUUUUCAGAAAAUAAGGAUGAAGAUGAUAGUUUAGUUUUUAGAAUUUCAGGUGAAUCUGACAUGACUGGCACUCUACUUCAGCAAACAAAAGAAAAUGAAUCGUAUUAUUACAGAGACUAUUCUCCAAUUACUUUUGGAAUGUGGAAUCAUAUUGAAUUUAAUUUUAUAUCAGAGAAUAGUUUGGAUAUUCUUAUUAAUGGAGUAUCAUUGAAUGGAAUUAUGGCACCAGUUACGAUUUCUAAAAGGGGAUUUAUUGGAAUUGUUAAAAGUGAUUAUCGAUUUGAUAAAUUAUUUAUUAGAAACUUUAAAGGAUCAUUUAGAGAAAGACCCAUCAUUGAUUGA